AGCUCAACAAACAACGUUCGUUGACAGUUCCAUCACACAGAAGAAUCGAGUCUUGUUUAUAACAAAAGGCGGUUAGGUUUGAACUUGAAAUACGGUAUUUCAUCACAAAAUUCAUCGGUCACUCGAUUCGUAAUGGAUUUUAAUGCGCUUCUACAAGAAGCUCAAAAGCUAACCAACGAAACAAAUGCAUCGGACUUACUGCCCAGAGUGGAACGAUCGUUGCCACAAGUCCUACAGGCCACGCGUGAACUACAUUCGCGCGUCACACAAACAGAAGCUCAAGAUAUUCAAGCUCACAUUUUACUCGGUUCAAAAGGAAUUGAACUCCCAAAAAUCUCACAGAAGCUUGAAUCGUUGAGCGCCCGCAAAACAUUCGAACCACUCGAACCGAUAUCGGACACAGACGUUCAGGGUUUUUUGCGUAAUGAAAAAGAGACAGCAAUCCUGUCGGUUAUUGAAGAAGUGCACAAAAAUUCGUAUUUGUCUGCACAAAACCAAAAAUGGGAGCACAUUCUCAGCGAUUGGAAGCAGGAAAAAAUCAAAUUGAUGAACGCAUUGAUUGGACCAUCACAGAAUUGGAUCGAAUUGGUGCGUAAAGGGCCCGAACAAACCGUUUUGAAUGAAAGCAUCGCACGCGGAAAAUCAAAUUUGAACAAUCAAGAAAUGGCGUAUGCAUGCGAGGUGUAUGAAUACAAUAAAUUGGUGAUUGCCGGUGGAUUACGCCCGAAUUUAGUGGAGAAAUUUUCGAAGAUUGCCACACAAUUCAAUGACACGAAAGUCAAUGAAAUCUGGGAAAUUAUUACAUACAUGACAAAUGUGACACCACUGCCCAAGACACAAGACCCAUUCAAAACACGGAAUACAAAAUUCGAAUUUGUGGCUCAGGCGAAAAAAUACUUGGAGUACAGAUACAAAUUAUUUAUGCAAACAUAUAUAGCCGAUCGCUUGCCGGACGCACAACGCGGUGGAAUACCCAGCGUUUUCAAUUUGGUCAGCUCGUUCGUGGCAUUGAACUUCAACAGUCAAACUGGUAACACAAUUGGUCUUGAAGGUCACAUUGACGGUAAACCACUUUGGCCAAUGGUAUACUAUUCGUUGCGAUGCGGAAAUAUACAGUCAGCUUUGAAGUGUCUGCAACAAGCUGGUUUGGGCCACGAAGAUUUGGUGCAGGUGUUGGAAGAAAAAGCACGCAAGCCAAAUCAACGGAUCAGCGCAAAAUUGGAAGCUCAAAUAAAAAUGCAGUACAAACGGAAGAUUCAAAAUGAGACCGACAUGUAUAAGUGUGCUGUUUAUGGUAUUAUCGGUUGUUGUGAUGUUCCGGAUCAUGCAAAAGUUGCCAAAACUACCGACGAUUUUCUAUGGAUUCAGUUAUCCAUGAUUCAACCAGAUGACAAUGGAAAUAUGAGUAACACAGAUGAUCUUGGCUCCGAUUCGCCGACUUAUUCUGCUCUGCAGUCGAUGAUUCUUGAGAAAUACGGCGAAAAAUAUUUUAACGCCAACGAACAACCACAUUUGUAUUUCCAAGUUUUGGCAUUAACGGGUCAAUUUGAACCGGCUAUCGAAUUUCUAUCGCGUUUUGAACGCUAUCGUACACAUGCCGUUCAUAUUGCUUUGGCUCUAAAUGAAAUGUUCCUCUUGGGAUUACCGCGAAAUAUCCAACAACCAUUGUUGUCCAUCGAUAUCGAUGAUGCGGCGCCAUUGCGUCGAUUGAAUGUGGCCCGUUUAAUCAUGCUGUAUGUUCGUAACUUUGAGAUUACCGAUCCGGCUGAAGCACUACAGUACUUCUACUUCCUGCGAAACAAACGGGAUCCAGAUGGACGAAACUUAUUCUUGACAUGUGUAUCUGAUUUGGCCAUUGAGUGCCGCGACUAUGAUCUGCUCUUUGGCAAAAUGCAACGAAAUGGUAUCCGCUCCCGUGGUUUAAUCGAUCAAUUUGAGUCCAUCGAAAUCGACGUUCGAAAAGCAUGCGAAAUUGUUGGCGAUGAACUGGUGAAAAAAGGUUUAUUCGAAGAUGCUGUCAAAUUGUAUGAUUUGGCUGGUAUUGAAGAACAGUGCUUGCGAUAUUUGUCGAUUUUAUUGUCUCCAGUUGUGCAUCAAACAGGUAAAAAAGGUUCAUUGCGUGAUCGUUUGUACUUGAAGUCAUUGGAAUUCUCCGAACGGUAUGCUGACGUCUUAAAUUGUGACUCAAAUAUUCGUGCCACAUUCUUUACGCUUCGUGACUUGGUCAAAUUCUUCGACGAAUAUCAUGAACAAAAAUAUCAACUCGCAUUGGAAACACUUAGCCAACUGAAGCUCGUCCCAUUGAGCAUGACCGAUUUGGAACUAUGCGUUAACAACUUUAAACGACUUGGCGGUGAAGUGAGCAAAGUGUUCCCAGAUUUACUGUUGGCAACCAUGGACAUCAUUCAUACACAAUACAAAAGCUUAAAAGGACGUGAUGGAUACGCAUUCAACACAGAUGAAGCAAAAGAACGUCAACUGGGAAUCUUGCGCGACCAAGCGAAGGCAAUCACAAAUAUGGCAGCCACUGUACCAUAUCGCAUGCCAGGAGAUAUUAGUAGUCGUUUAGUUCAAACCGAAAUCCUAAUGCACUAGUGUUUAAUGCAAACCUGAAUCAACAACAUCGGAAUUUCCUUUCGUUUUUAAAAUGCUAUAAAUACACUCCGUUUGAUAAUUUAAGGAAAAAAAAAUAAAUUCAAUUAAAAUCCAACA